CCUUCUGCGCCCCGCUUCACGUCACUUCCGGUGAGGCGCGAGGCAGGCGCCGGAAGUGUCUCCAUAGCUGUCGGUGGGGAGCGGGCAGUGACGGCGCCAUGGUGGAGGAAGUCCAAAAGCACUCUGUGCACACGCUUGUGUUCAGAUCUUUGAAGAGAACCCAUGAUAUGUUUGUAGCCGAUAAUGCCAAACCUGUACCGUUAGAUGAUGAAAGCCACAAAGUAAAGAUGGCAGUCAAGCUGCGUACUGAGUACGGCUCAGUGUUACACAUGCCUACUCUUAAAGAAAACAUGAGAGAGAAAGGAGGCCCAUCCGCUGGAGAUCCCUAUGGACAUAAACAGUAUUCUGGAAAUGAAGGUGUGGCUCUGACAGCAGACACUAAGAUCCAGAGGAUGCCUAGUGAAUCCACGGCUCAGUCCUUAGCUGUAGCACUUCCUGCUUCUCAGUCCAGGUUGGACACAAAUCGGACAGCUGCUGGUGUGGGUGAGAUUUACAGACAUGCUGGGAUAUCUGAGCGUUCACAACCUCCUGGGAUGUCUGUGGCUAUGAUGGAAGCUGGUGGAAACAAAAAUUCUGCAUUAGUACCAAAGAAGGCUCCAACCAUGCCCAAGCCUCAGUGGCAUCCACCUUGGAAACUAUACAGAGUUAUCAGUGGUCACUUGGGCUGGGUGAGAUGUAUUGCGGUAGAACCAGGAAAUCAGUGGUUUGUUACUGGCUCUGCUGACAGAACUAUUAAGAUUUGGGACCUUGCCAGUGGCAAGUUGAAAUUAUCUUUGACGGGGCACAUCAGUACUGUACGAGGCGUCAUAGUAAGUGCAAGAAGUCCAUACCUCUUUUCCUGUGGAGAAGACAAACAAGUGAAAUGCUGGGAUCUUGAAUACAAUAAGGUUAUCAGACACUACCAUGGUCAUUUAAGUGCUGUCUAUGGUUUAGACUUGCACCCAACAAUAGAUGUCUUGGUAACAUGUAGCAGAGAUUCAACAGCACGAAUUUGGGAUGUGAGGACGAAAGCCAGUGUGCACACACUCUCAGGACACACAAAUGCUGUAGCAACAGUGAAGUGCCAAGCUGCAGAACCCCAAGUUAUUACAGGCAGUCAUGAUACUACCAUACGACUCUGGGAUUUAGUGGCAGGAAAAACUCGUGUUACUUUAACAAACCAUAAGAAAUCUGUAAGAGCAGUAAUACUACAUCCAAGGCAUUAUACAUUUGCAUCUGGUUCUCCAGAUAACAUUAAGCAGUGGAAAUUCCCAGAUGGAAACUUCAUUCAGAACCUCUCUGGUCACAAUGCUAUUAUCAACACAUUGACUGUAAAUUCAGAUGGAGUUUUGGUCUCAGGAGCUGAUAAUGGUACUAUGCAUCUUUGGGACUGGAGAACUGGAUACAAUUUCCAGAGAGUACAUGCAGCUGUACAGCCAGGCUCUUUGGACAGUGAAUCAGGAAUAUUUGCUUGUGUUUUUGACCAGUCAGAAAGCAGAUUGCUAACUGCUGAAGCUGAUAAAACCAUAAAAGUAUAUAAAGAAGAUGAUACUGCGACUGAAGAAACUCAUCCUAUCAGCUGGAAACCAGAAAUUAUCAAGAGAAAGCGAUUUUAAUGCGGCAACGUACUUGUGCUGUAAUUUUUUUCUGGUUUUUCUGAGAGCUUUUGGUCACAUUAUGUUCUGCCUACAACAGCAGAGCAGGAAGUCAGCAAGUCCUUGCUUUUUCAGCGCGUUUUCUAAUAAAUUUUAUUUCUUUCUUUUUGUCUUUGUUGUGUGAUCCAGAAAACAGGUUGCAGCUGUCAUCCUUUUCUUUGUGGAGCAUGUAUAGUUAAUGAAAAGGAUAAAUGUGCAGGUGGUUAUUUUUUUUAUAUGCAUCUAUUAAGCAUGAGUCUGAAAAGAUUUUGGUGGGCCAGGUUUUCUGAAAGACCCUUGCUUUACUCCAAAAGUAACUGUGAAUUUACCCACGGAGUCCAUCUACAGGAAACUUCUUGAGUGACACUUUCAGAUUUUAGAGCAAUGUUGUUUACUGUCUAUAUGCAUAGUAAAUACUGUAAUGGAACGUUAUAUAUGCUAAAUUAGAGAAUAAUAGAUUAGCCAGUAAAGAAACAGGAGAAUACAGUAAUAAUGUAAUUUCCUUGGAAAACACCACACUGGCAGUCCACAGAAGCUGUGUUAUUGAAUGAAAUUGAUCUUCCAAGUGUUUCUUUCCCUAGGAAAGCUUUCAUAUGCAACUUCAUAUCUUCACUUGUAUUUCAUUUUGAAGUGGACCUUAUAUAACGAGAGCCACUGUCAAAAUAUAUUGCUUAGUAAGCACUGGGCUAGGACCAAUUGACUUCAUAAAUCACCUGUCUUGCUUUCUUUCAGUUAUCCAGAGUAUUUACGACAUUCAAUUACAGGGAACUUCUAGAAUUGAGGUCUGAAGAAAAGCUCUUAAGUCAUUCCAGCCUUAAUUUUAUUUAUUUUUGUCUCCCUGUGAUCUUACAGAGGAUUAAAAGCAUGUAUGUAUAUACACAUCCUGAAAGUUUACUAAUGCGGUUGAAGUGCAGAUGUUUCAUUUGGUUUACAGUCAUGCAACAAGCAGUAACCAUUUAGUACUCUUUUCUACAGCUUAUCUUUGGUGUCAGUAUUGUUCUUCAUCACAUAGUAAACUUUUGUUCUUCGGAUUGCUACAUUUGAGAACAAAAUAGGAAAAGAUGGGAAUGAUGGUGUUCUUAGAAUUAUGAAAAAUAGAAAAUUUUUAGAAAUAUGGAUUGAAAACAAGCAUUCGCUUUAUGAACAGCCAUAAUAAUUUUUCUUAAUAUAACUUAGGAAUUUAAAAAAUUAAGUUUUAUUUUCUUGUGAUGUUUAGAAGUGAUGUUUCAAGGGGAGGUGGGAAGGAGAGGGUGAACUACAGUGGCAUGUGCAGUGCCCCUUUAACCUGCUUCACUUUGGGGAUCUGCCUGGCCUGCAGUUUCUCUCUCAUACAGCAUUAGUUUUCUUGCUGUCCUAGAGCAUAGAGGAAAAUAUACUGGUUAUUCUUUGUUUAAAAAAAAAAAAAAAGAAUGCUUAGAGGAUAUUCACAGGUUGUAUUAGUUGCCUUUUACUUGGUUGCUAGUAUGAAUCUAUUUUUACAUCAUGUUACAGCUGUUUUCAUUUUAAUUGAUUUAAUGAGGAAAAAGUAGGUUAUGGCCUAUAUGUGUUUUAUACCUGUUGCUAAUGCUUUGUUCCAGAAAUCCGUGAAGCAUUUGGUGUUAAAUAGAAUGUUCUUGCUUGCAGUUAAUCUUCUAUAGGAAACCAAUGUGGAUAGGAAUAACUUGAAAAAGGGUAUUUUUUUUGUUGUCUGUUUGUUUUUAACAGAAGUAUCUCUUCAUAACUUAGGAAAAGGGAACUUAGAGGUUUUGGCUCCAUUCUUGCACAUCUUUUCUAUACUGGUAUUAUUUUUUCCACUGUUCACCACGUAGAAAAGAGAAGAAAAUUCUUCCACAGAAACUGUUUCUUCCCUGAAGGAAUCCACUAGCACAGGAGCAGUGGUUGCCACAACAUUCUCUGUAGUGCUGUUGGUAGGGAUGUGGUUUACAAAUGAAGGGCUGUAUCACUGUUGUUUGGAAUUGCACUUUUCCCUUUUGGCUCUGUAAUAUGCUGUUCCAGUUCUCAGUGUGACUUUUUUUUUCCCUCGGUGUAUUCUUUACCAUUUGAUUUGCAUGUUCAUUUCCUUACUAGCUGUUUUUUCUUCCACUGAUGUGAAUAAUGUCAUAUAUGCUUCUGUAAAUAUUAUCUGAGACAUCAAGAUUCAUUUGAAAAAAAAAAAUCAAAGUUCAUGUAACUGCUUCUGUAGUGCAAAGUAAACCAAGAUGGUGAGCUGAUGGACAUAAAUCUGAUUGUGUAGGAUACACGGUAAGAUUAGAUUUGUCCAUAUAGUUAUAAGGUAAAGGAAAAUGUGAUCCUUGAAAUAUAUUUUUCAUGCUUCUGGUAAGUGCCACACUGCAAUGUGAGUUAAAGUAAUUUUGAAUUGUGGUGUCAUCUCAGAAAAUUGUUGCGUUUUGUGAAAUCUGAUGUCUCCUGUAUAUGAUCAAAUCAUAAACAAUUCUACUACAAACAUUGGGUUUUGUUUUAUACUGUACAUAAUUGCAGAGAAGUAAGAAAAUAGGUUUUUUCGACUGUAACAAUUUUAAAAAACACGUAACCAGUAGAAGUGAUAAACUUCAAGAUCACUCUUUGCUGCAUAAUAAGGCAUAUAAUGUAAGCUCUGCAGCUAGAGUGCUGUCAUUUGCUGGCAGCCCAAAAGUUGUGCAAAACAGUGUGUAUUUGGCAACCUAAAGGCUUACAGAAGUAAAUCUUUAAUAGCCAUUUUGUUUGUCCUGUUAGAUAGGAAUUGAAGUCUGUGCCUGAUACAAGUAACAGCAAUUUAGCCAUUAAUAAAACCUUCAGUACAAUA